CAUCUGUUGUUAUUUCAUCUGUCGUUAUGGGUCUCAAAUUGGAUUUUCCUCUGUUGUUAUUUACAUUUUUACUACUGCUCUUGAUCUUCUGUGAUGGUGGUGAAGGAAGAUAUCUGUUAGAAGAUCAGAGUACGGCUAGUUUUCCACAUGAUUAUCAAAGUCCAGCCCCAAAACGCCCUGGAUCUGUCAAACAAACUCCUCCUCGAAAGAUUCUGGUUGGCACUCUACAGGGCUUGCACCUCUUUGACCACCAUGGCCACCACCGCCAUCUCUUCGCCGCUAGCUACGAUGGGUGUUGUCAAAACUAUUGCUGUGCAAGAAAAAGCUUUUCCUUGUGUUGUCAGACGAAUGGAUAGACUAUGGAAGAGGCUAUUCACAUAUUUCUAUCAAAGAACCAACCAUGUUACCGUUCAUGUAUUUUGUUCUUCAUCAUCAACUAUUUUAUCAACAUUUUAA